AUGAGUGAUUCAGAUAUGGAUAAUUCAUCUUCAGGUCGACGAACACAUAAUUGCGCUAAAUGCUUCAAUCAUGGCAUUAUAACACCACGGCGAAAUCACAAAAAAUUCUGUCAAUUUAAAGAUUGCCCUUGCAAUAAAUGCAAAAUUGUGUCGAGACGGCCAACGAGAGAACGUUCAAGAGAUCCUGUUGCCCAAAACAAAGACGAGCUAGAAAUUGUUGAGCCAAUGUUCGAUGGCUAUGAAGACGAACAUGUCCCUGAAUUGAAUAGAUUGAAAUUAAAUUCACCUAGACGAUCAGAGAAAAGAAGACGAGAUUUUCUUGUACAGUGGGAACAGCCAGAAGCCAAAAGAGGUAGAGGUUCUGUUGGACGCCAUUUAACCAACACAAGAAGUACAAUAACGCCACAAGAUGUACAGCAGCUGAUUGAUAUCUUUCCUGACGAAGACAUAUGUGAUCUCCAGUGUAUCUAUGAAUCUUGUGAUGGUGAUAACGAUGUUUUCGUGCAGUUGAUAUUAAAGGAUUUGCGCUCUCGUAACCCUCGUCAUCUCUUUGAGCCUCCACCACCGCCAUCAUUACCAACUCCCUCGUCAGUGGUGAUUGCCAAUCCAUUAAUAUGGCAUAAUCCAUCCAAUGAUAACCACUGCAAUCCAUAUUUUUAUCCCUCGUUUUCACCACAGCCUGUGCAGCCAGUAAAUCCGUUCCCUACUCCUCCUGAUUUCAGCCAUUUCACUCCAUAUUCCAGGGGAACGUCUACAAUAACGCGUCCAAGCUUUCUCUCGGCAAACGGCCAAGAACGAAACAAAGCAUAA